AUGGUUAUUUUCUUGUUACUCUUCUUUUUUUCCCCUUUCAGCAUUUUCACUCUCUGUUUCUUUCUUUCUUUCUUUCUUUCUUUCUUUCUUUCUUAUUUUUCACUCCCCUUAAAUUUCUUUCUUUCUUUCUUUACUUUUUUUGUUACAUUUCUUUCUUUUCUUCUAUUGAUUAUUUUCUUUUUUUUCUUUCUUUCUUUUCUUCCUUUCAUCAUUUUCCACAUUUCUUUCUUUUGCUGUUUCUUUAUUUCUUUCUGUAACCGUUUUCUUUCUUUCUUUUCUUUGAUAUUUUCCGUAUUUCUUUCUAUUUUUCUUUUGUCAUUUCUUUCUUUCUUUGAUUGUUUUCUUUCUUUCUUUUGUUCUUUUCUUUUUUUGAUCAUUUUCUUUCUUUUCUUCUUUCUUUUCUUCUUUCUUUCUGUCUUUUUUUUAUCAUUUUCUUUCUUUUCUUCUUUCUUUCUGUCUUUUUUUGAUCAUUUUCUUUCUUUUCUUCUUUCUUUUCUUCUUUCUUUCUGUCUUUCUUUGAUCAUUUUCUUUCUUUUCUUCUUUCUUUCUUUUCUUCUUUUGAUCAUUUUCUUUCUUUUUUUCUUUCUGUCUUUCUUUGACCAUUUUGCCCUCAAUGCGAGCAUAAAUAGCGAGUCUGGGAGGAAGACGUCAGAGUGCAUUGUUGGCGUGAUGGCGUACUGGCUUCUUACAUUCUCUCUCUCUCUUAACUGGCUUUUAUCUCUCUCUCUCUCGCUCUCUCUCUCUCUAUCUAUCUAUCUAUCUAUCUGUCUGGCUUUUAUCUCUCUCUCUCUCUCUCUCGACUGGUUCCUUGCUUUCUCUCUUUCUCUCGACUGGUUUCUAGAUUUCUCGUUUUCUCUCUUUCUCUUCACUGGCUUCUUGCUUUCUCCUCUUUCUCUCUCUUUCUCUCUUUCUCUCUCUCUCGACUGGUUCCUUGCUUUCUCUCUUUCUCUCGACUGUCUUUCUCGACUGGUUCCAGAUUUCUCGCUUUUUCUCUUUUCUGGGUCACUGGAAAUCUUGCUUUAUCCUCUCUCUUUUCUUCCUCUUUCAUCUCUCUCCCCAUCUCUGUCUAUAAAUUGUGUCCUCCUUUUAUAUAUCUUUAAAUUUCGAUGUUUUUUUGGCUUUAAUUUCUCCUUUCUGUCUCUCUGUUUGAAAAUUGCCUCCUUGCUUUCUCUCUCUCCCUCUCUCUCCCUCUCUCGACUGGCUUCUUGCCUUCUCUCUCUAUCUCGACUGUAUCCUUGCUUCCUCCUACUCUCACUCGAUUGGCUCUUUGCUCUCUCUCUCUCACACUCUCUCAACUGGCUUCUUGCUUUCUGUCUUUGUCUUUCUGACGCAAAAAGAUUUUUAACCAAAAUUUUGGACGUUUAA